AUGUCUACCGAAUCACCAUCUGAACGUCAGUACGAUGGUAUAUCCCUCCUGAGCUUAACACUUUUCACGGGCAUUUGCUACGGGACUGUACUAACCAUCUACAUCCAGUGCCUCUUUUCAUUGGUCCACAGUCGGAUGCGGCAGCUGUCUCCCGGGCGACGACUAUUUUUCUUCGGCUAUACAUCCGCCAUGUUUAUCCUUGAAACCUUAUAUGCUGCUGCAAAUUCUCGAAGAGUUUGGAUAGCGUUCGUUAUGAAUUGGGGCUCCCCCACUGGUCCAGCAAGUUACGAGAUUGGUUUAUGGCAUGACUGGGCCAGUAUAGUAGCAAUGGCGUGCUAUAUCAUCUCCAAUUGGUUGGCCGAUGCGCUCAUGCUUGGGCGCUGUGUGAUCCUGUUCCGAAACAUGAAAAACACAAGAUGGCUGAUCCCUAUCACGUGCAGCGUGUUCCUUGUCGUUAUUGCGGCUUCUAUCGAUCUGUUUGUGAAUACAACAGAAGUGUCCAAGUCAAUGGAAGCAAUGGCCAAAGCUCAUUGCACAUUUGUUGCGGUCGAUCUCUCCUUUAAUAUUACCGCGACGUCAUUGAUAACCGCUUGUAUCAUGACACACCGUGCGAAGCUUGCGAAAUCAAUAGGAACUCGUGCCCAUAGGAGGGAGUACAUCAAUAUUAUUGCAAUGACUACUCAAUCUUGUAUGAUUUCCUCGAUUGGCUCGAUCAUCUAUCUUAUCCUCUACGCGAUGGAUAAUUUUGUUCAGUAUCCAUUCAUAGCCAUCCAGAAUCAAAUGCAGGUCAUUGCACCAUUUGUAUUGAUCUUGAGAAUCAUCCAGGGACAAGUGUGGACAAGACGGACAGAUGUUAAUACCACAGAUCAUUCGCUUCAAAGUGGUAUCGAGGACUUUCCUUCCAGCUUCAGCGAGCAUCGUCUUAGUGCUCGUUCUUCUGAGGCAUCCACCGUCGUAUUGGCUUAUGGAAUUCCACAUUAUUAA